CAAAUUCAUCAACAAGCAAUUAAUUAACCUCGAUCGAUCGCCACCAUAACUGAAAUAUGGCUCUGAAGAUUGCACUUGUAGCAGCGCUGCUGAUGGCUGCAUCCGUUGCGCCGCCAGCGGUUUCCCAACUGACUACGCCGCCAGCGGGUUCCCCACUGAUUAAAGUCAAUGUCGUGGUAAACGGCACGGUGCCUUGCGGCCCCGGCGCCAUUAAUAUCAACCUAACAGCAGCAGUUUUUGCAAAUGCCACCGUGGUAAUGCUAUGCGGGCAAGAUAUCGUCGGCAGCACAGUCAGCGACAGAAACGGAAUGUUUUCGUUGCCGAUGGCCGCCAAUUAUACGAAGAAUCUGCUCCCCGAGCUCUUAGCCAACUGCAGUCUUGUCGUUCCCACGCCACUCUCCCUUUGUAAUUCGUCGCUAAACGGGACCCUCCAGGCGCACUUGCAACUGCACUCCAGCAACCUGAAUCUGGGUGGAUUUGUUGGUCUGUUCAUCAAUCUUAUCGCCAGGAUUUUCCAGUUGAUGCCGUGAGAUCCAAAAACGAUGUUAGAAACGACGCCACGAAGGAAUAAAUAUGGCUAUCUAUCUAUCUAUCUACAUAUAUAACUACAGUGGAAUAAUUAUGCAUGCACAAUGUGUGCAUGUAUACGUUUCUAAGCAUAAUGCUGGAACGUCUGAUUACUCAUCGCCUCAUAUACUUGUCCUGCAUGAAUAUAAAUUAUAAGUACCUCUAAA